AUGCUUGUAUUAAACUUGCCUUCUAUCAUAUUAGAUGCUGCUACACUUCGAAAUCAAUUUGGCUUCAUUCUUGUACCCAAUUCACCAGUUGAAGGUACAGAACAAGAACAAACGAAAGGCUCGAAAAGAAAACGAGAUAGAGAAUCUGAUCGUAUGAAUGCACGAACCUUAGCUUUGUCAGGCUUAGGUGAUGUAUCAAGACGUCAAUAUAUAGAAUAUGGUUCAUUCAAUAGCUCAGCUCAUUCAAAACAAAUGACAUGGGAGGCUGUUCGUAAGUCGCAUACAAACGGCAAUGAUUCUCCGCGUUUCGCCAAACGAGUAAAAGUUGAUGAUGCUAUGUCUGCAGUGCUUAUUCCAAUGGCACAAGAAAAUCAAUGUGAUGCUUUGGAAUAUCUAAUAGCAAACGCACCAACGGAAUAUGCCAUGCAUAGUAAAACGUUAGUAGUACUUUAUGGUGAGAUUAGAUCCUUUUUAAAAGUGCACUAUGUAUACUUUGCUGAUUGCUUUAAGACGGUCUCGUCGUUGUCAACAUAUGGUCGAACAAGGACGAUUCACAGAAUCAGAAAAGAGUAAAUUGAUCAAGACAUUUCUUUGGCCAGACUCUUUUCCUGAUUGUACAGAAAGAAUACGUAAGUAUUAAUAUAUUUUAACCCUGAAACGCCUACCUUCAGAACAACUACUUAUUGC